AGAUUUUAUUCCCGCCAUUUUGUCCUCUCGUGUGUUCGAAGAUUUGGCCAAUGUAGAUUUUUCGAACGAAAGAGAACAUGGCGGCCUCAAAAAUCUCACUCGACAAAGACGCCUUUUUUCGACGAAUCAAAAGGAUUUACGACACCUGGAAGGUAAAAAUUUGGGGGUGUUAUGUGGGUCAGUGAAGUCGUUGUAUUUCGUCACGACUUUGUCUUUUUAAUUCGUUCGAUGCGCUGUCGUGAAUUUCAGAAAGAGGAGACGACGGAAGAUAAUGGUACAAACUUUCCAAGUGUUGAUGCAGUUGUUAUUGCGGUUGGACAAGAUGAGGACGUUAUUUACAGUAAAUCGACAGCCAUCCAGGUAAAAUAAUAAUUCCAGUGUAAGUAUGUGGGUUUUCGUAGUCACAUGUGAGCUUAUUGAGUUGUAUCAUAAGUACGUUGUACAUGACGUAUCUACCCAACUUUUAGUAGACGAUAAGGACAUUUUGCAAAUAUUUUCCAUGCAAUGUCAAGCAGUCAUUUGAGCGGUUUUCUUUAUUUUGUCAGCAUGCAAAAUUUUGCUUGCUGUGAUUUGUCGAUGUUUAAUUGGGCCUUUAUGACAUUUUAUCGAAACCAGCGGUGAUUUUAUUCCUAUUGAGAGAUGUUAUAAAUGCCCUUAGUCCAGGAACUUGUGAAGAUGGAUCAAUUGGCUAAAGAAACCUCACUUUAUACCAAUGCCUGCAGGCAUAAAAAAGUGUACAUUUUUAGUAGACACUAUAUUUGACAACUCUUUCAUAUUUCACUCCACUCCCUCAGCAUUUUUUCAAAUCAUAAAUAGGAGAAAAUUCUGCAAAGUAGUCCAUAUAAAAAUCUGUCUAUUUCAUGUUGUUUGUCUUUGUCUAGCAAUGGUUGUUUGGGUAUGAACUGGCAGAUACAGUCAUAGUGCUGUGUGAAUCUUCAAUUCACUUUCUUGCAAGCAAAAAGAAAAUUGACUUCCUGAGGCCUGUUCAAGAUAUGCAGAAAAAAUUAAGCAGCUCUCCGUCAAUAGAGCUCCAUCUGCGGGACAAGGUGAUAAGCAUUUUUGUACGCUGUGACUUUUGAGUGACCUUUUAGUAUUGCAUAAUUUACUACCCUACACGUAACUUGAUGUUUCAGUGGAUAGUUGGUGCCGAUUUUAUAUCUCAUAGUAUUUUUCUGAGUCCCACAGCGUAAACAGAGAAGGAAACAGGAGACAUUUCACAAUACCCCCACUGGUUUCCCCACAAAAUAAUGUCUGAGUAACAAGCACAGAAAUUUCAUAGUGAUGUCAUGUCCAAGAUCAUGUAGUGACCUGUCACUAGUAUGGAAUUUCUGUGUUUGUUCCUUAGACAUCAUUUCAACAGGAAACCAGGGGUGGCUUUGCAAAAUGUCGCCUUUUUUCCAAGGUUAACUUUCAGGAUUUUGUUCUCCUUUCCUUGAGUAAAAUUAUCUAAUAGCUAAAUAAUAUAUGUACAGGUGUAAAUGCUUAUACAGUAUUGUGUACUCAUAUACUUUAAGUAAUGUAAUGAAACAGACCUAUAUUUUUAUUUCACAGACUGAUCAAGACAAGGCAAAUUUUCAAAAACUUGUCAAGUCAAUCAAGGAAAGUAAAUCUGUAAGUAGUUAAAAAAUGGAGUUAACAAAAAAAUCAAUAUUUCGAACAGACUUUGACUGCUUCAGUGUACAUGUAGUACAAAGAUUAAGCCAGACUGAAGAUAACCUUUUAAUGAUGACUAAUGAAUUAAUAAUAUUAUACUACUAAAGAACUUGUUAACUGAACUUAGCUGUUUUGUCAACCAGGAAGUAGACUUAGUGUUCAACUAGGGCCCAGUGUUAAUUUUUAGUGGACACCCAGUUGCCCAUAAUAAAGUGGUGCAUGAAAAAAACAGAAAGGUUGCUUUUGUUAAGCUGUUAAAUAGCUUAGUGCCUUGCAUUUUCAUGUAAACCAAAAGGAGAAUUUAACAGUAGUUGAAAAGUAACUCAGAGCCUUCUACUGCCACUCCUACUACUUGCAUUCUUAGCUUGCUAGAGCUCUUUUUUGCUUGUUUGUGUUAAUAUUUUGGGCAUGCUUUUUUUUGUUGCAAUGUAGUCAGUAUACAGUGUACAUGUAUUAAAGUUUGUAUGUCUGAUAUAAAGUAAACUGUUCUUGUUGAAUUUUACUUUCAGGGGAAAACAGUGGGUGUUUUUGUCAAGGAUAAUUUUCAAGGACAAUUUUUGGAUGAGUGGAAAAAAGUGUUUGAAAGUGAAUCAUUUGAGAGGGUCGGUAACAGCAUUUAUAGUAUAUCAUCUCACAAAUGUUCAGUAUAAAUUUGGGUGAUAAACAAACUAAUAAAUAUCGGGGGAGUUAUUUCAUGGCCACUUUUUUUUUUUUCACAUGCUGACCUCUUCUAUUAGGCCAUUUUACAGUUGUGUGCUCAGUGUCAUGGCCAUUGAAUAAAAGUGAGGUUGGAGUCAGUCUCCCUCGCAGUUAAUAAUUUUGUCUUGUCAGAGCAUUGCGUGACAAGACAGAAACGGCUGCAUGAGAGACUAGGCUGGAAGUAAACUUUUUUGUUACAAACCUUUCUGCUCUUCAUGUGCAAAUCGUGUUAUUCUCAAGCUAAUAAAUAAGCCUUUGAACAUAAUCAUUUACAUGUGAAAAACAGGAAGGUUUGUAGCUAAACAUGGUCACCUCCAGUCUAGUCACAGGCCAUGGCAUUCUGCAGGUAACUGUAAAGUGGCCUAUUCUGUCUUUUUCCCUGCAUCAGAGACUACUUCAACUAUGAAAGGCUCCCAUAAAGACAAAGCUGUGUAUGUAAACAUUACCUUUGAAGUAAACAGAUAGAAACAGUGCUUCUGGAGUGUAUAUGUUGCAGUUUAUUUUUUAUUUCAGUUAAUUUUUGUUUUUCCUUUGUUUCAAAUUCAUUAGCAUACAUUACCAUACCCAAAAACAAUGGAAAAACAAAAAUUAACUGAAAUAAAAAAUUAACUGCAACAUAUACAACAUACAUUGUAUACCCAGUUGCUCCGAGAGGGGAGGAUAAGCAGAGGUUAGCAGAUACCACCCAGACUCCAAAUUUGGAUGAAAGGCAAAAAAAAUUCAUUGGCCAAGAAUUUGAGACAUAGUGUGUCUUGUAUGUAUUUUGUUACUCUUCUGCAUGAAAAAGCUGAAACUUUCUAUUGUUAUUUUACAGGUUGAUGUCAGUAGUGCUGUUGCAUAUGUUAUGUCUGUAAGAGAAGACCAAGAACUUAAUCAUGUCAAGGUCUGUACAUUAUUUUGAGUAUGUCCUGAUUGCAGUUGGAUAAAACACCCUAUAAAUUGCUAAUAUUAGAGCCUUGUACAGGAGUAGAUUUAAUAAAAAGCAUGUACAGUAAACAGACUGAAAGGGUAAUCCUUUUCCAGUGACAAACUUCAAUAUGAGUAUCAGCUCUCGACCCUAGUGGUAGUCCACUAGGUCCUGACUUGUACUGUAAAACCCUACAUGUAUCUCCAGACUUAGUUUUUUUGGACAAUUUAUUUUUUGCUCAACAAAGGUUUGAAAAGAUACAUGUAGUUGUAAGUGAAGAGAAAGACAGGAAGGUGUAUGCAGGUAUGUACCUACAGUGGAUACUUACAUGUAACAAUUUUAUUUCUGUAGAAAGCAGCUCAAGUCUCAUCUGACAUUUUUGUUAAAUAUUUCAAGAAGCAAAUCAUGGAAAUUGUAGAUGAUGAAAAGGUAGGAUUAAUAAUAAAGAGCUUAGUUGCAGGAGAGUAAAAUACACUUUUGUGUGGCCCAUAAGUGGAUGAGUUGUAUUCCAUUAAAAAUAAGUUUUGUCAACAUUAAUUUUUCAGUUUAAAAGAUUUGUAUGUGAUAUUUUUGUCGGUUGUUUUUGUAGAGGGUCAAGCAUUCAAAAAUUUCUGAUGGAAUAGAGGGAGCCUUGGAGUCCAAGAAAUUUUUAAUGGCUGGCAUGGAUUCUGAUCAGGUGUAUAUUUGAAUUUAUUUUGUAAAGAGAUUUGCCUGUUCAAUUUUAAAAUUAAGGUUGUCAUUCAUGGGAGCUCUGGAGUAAAGACAGUUUUUUUUUUUAGGUUGAGAUGUGUUAUUCCCCCAUUGUACAAAGUGGGGGAAAAUUCACCCUCAAAUUUAGCACAGUCAGGUAUGAAAUAUUAUUACUAGUAUAUGUAUAUCUGAAAAAAGUACAUUAUUGUUGCUCUUUCUGUAAAAAAAUACAGUUGAUGACUAUCACAAAUGCCAAAAUAAAGUAGUUAAUGUGAAAAUGAAAAAUGUGAAACAACAACAAUUUCAUUAUUUUUUGCCAACAUUAAUUUUAAUGCGAUAAUGUCGUUUGAUAAUUUUUUGUUUUUCUAUCUAGUAACGAUGAGAAGCUUCAUUAUGGUACAAUAAUCUGUUCCCUUGGUGUACGGUACAAGUUCUACUGUUCAAACAUUGUUCGGACAAUGUUGUAUGAGCCAACAGAGGUUAGUGUCGCAACAGCUGUAACUGAUUUUUUUUUUCAUGUGAAACAACAGUACACAUUUGGAAAGUCAAGUUUUUGGUUGGGCGUUGAGAAUUGUUAUUUCUUUCUAACUUUUAGGAACAACAAGACAACUAUAAUUUGCUGUUAGCAACACUGGAUGUAAUUUUGGAUAAGUUAAGACAUGGUAAGUUGUAAUGUUUUUUUGAACUUUACACUAAUCAUCUGUUGAAUGAUAUUUUGUAGGACACAGUUGAACCUCCUGUAAGCAACCACCCAAAAUGCCAAGAUAUAGUGGUUGCUUCCAGGAGGUCAUGGCUUAUUAGAAUUGACCACAGCGUAUUUCAGGAAGGGUCCAUUCACUCUACCUUUUGGAAGAUAGUAUAUUGCUUGGGCAUUUCAAUGGGAACAGCAGAGCAUUAAAAUGGGCUUGGUUUUCCUUCUGACACAAAUCUUCCUCUGGCGCAUACAGUGUGAGAGCAAGAUAUAGGAGUAUGCGCAAAAUUGGCAUGUGAACUAAACCAAAGCACAUGGCCAGUUGGUGAGCAAAGCCAUCUGCAUUUGUUGUAUAAAACUCAGUGAUCACAAGAGUGAAUUCCGUCAUUUCUUAUACACAAAAUCUUUAUACCACACGCUGUAAUUUAUCUCAGAGAGACCUACAGUUCAAUCAGUAACUGACUUUUCGAGACAAUUUUACUGACAAACUCUUCUGCUGAACCUUAUCAAGAAACCAUGUCUAAGUAGUGAGCUACCAACUAAAUUUGAACAAAGUGUUUUUGAUCAACUCAAGAGUCUUGUUGACGAUAUUAGGAAUGCCUCCAUAUUUAAGCUUAGUUGCUUUGCAGAAGAUGAAUUGGGUACUUCAAUUAGCUUUUGUGUAACGAUAUUCUUGCUCUUUGCUUUGAAUUGUCAUUGAUUUUAUCUUCCUUUGUUUUUAUGACCUUUACUAAACUGCAAUCUAAUACGUUAUAGUCAUGCAGCCAUCUUUUCCAGAUGUUUUUCAAUAUUAGACUGUUGUUAUCUCGUUAAACUUUGCCUUUGAAGACUGUGAUUUCUUAGGCAACAUUUUCUCUUUUGAACUUUUUUAUAUGAUGACUUAGACUUGUAUAACAGUAGUGCAGUAAAUGAUUUGACCCACCGAUAGCAAAGGCUAAUCAAGAUGGGUCAGUUCUUAAACAGUUUAUAUGCAUCUAGUUGCAUGCAAUUUCUAAGUAGCAUUUGUGUACUUUCAUGCCGUCACUAAAAUUUCUUCGUUUAGUCAGAGAAGUGUGACAUCAGAGAAUCUGCUUAUUUUUCAGGAGUAAAGCUUUGUGAUGUUUACAAUGCAGCACUUGAACAUGUUGGUAAACAGAAGGCUGACCUGCAAAACAGUUUCGUGAAAAAUGUUGGGUAGGAACAGUUUCUGUCAGUUCACUCUUCAUUCCUUAAACAACCGUUUAAGUUUUCAUGCAAGACUAUGCUGAGGUUUAAUACACUCAAAAAAUGUUAUUUUACAAUUGAGUGACAUUAAUUUUGUUAUACAUGUACCUGGAAUUGUACACGUUUUCCUUUCCUUAACUUAAGUAUGUGUUGUUCACUUUCAGGUUUGGGAUGGGAAUUGAAUUCAGAGAAGGCUCUUUGCUAAUAAGUUCAAAAAAUACCCAUGUAGCAAAGAAAGGUAAGAAUAUAGUCAAGAUUUACUCAAAUGAGCAGGUCUGCCAAGUAACUGGGAAUGGAAUAAUAAAAUAAAAUUUAAUAAUUAAUGAUAGUAAUAAUCAGUGAGCUGUAAUAAUGUUGGUAGAUUUUGACCCACUUUGUUUGUAUCUUUUUUGGAUUCAUUCAUUUGGUAGUAAUCUUUGUUAUAAUUGACAGAAGCAAUAAACUGUUGGUUAGGUUUUUGAGCCUGACCUUGGUCCACUCUUGAUCAGAGAUUUAGAACUCAGUUUGAUUAACAGAGACCUCCUCUCAUAGAGUUUGAGGUAGACCUAGCUAAGAUACACUUGGUUUCCAAAACAGUUUUUACACUCCUUCCAAAAUGUUUAAGGUCAAUUAUAUACCAGCUGUAGAGAACUCUACUGGAAAAAAAUGGUAAAGGCAUACACAAGCCAAAGGCCCAAACAGUUGGAGCUUAUCCCGGUUGAAGCCCCUAGGAGUGUUGUUACUCCCCCCUGGACAGGAUGCUAAUCCAUUGCAGGCUUAACCUCUAGCAGUAUGUCGCCGGUAGCCAUUUAUGCACCUGGGUGAAGAGAGACAAAGUGGAUUUUAAAGUUUCUUGUCCUGGGAAACAAUGUGAAGGGUGAGGCUUGAACCCCAGACCUCCAGAUCCAGAGUUCGUGGUGUUAGCCGCUGGCGACACAUGCCUCCACACAUAUCGACAUACAAACUAACAAACGUUUUUAGAUCCAGAAAUCUCAAAAGAGGCUGACUGUGUUGGAGACUAAAUUCUUGCUCAAAAUUGACUGUCCACUGUCCUACAAGACCAAUUAGGGUGUACAACCUAAUUUUGAAAGAAAGGGACUGUCAAAACUACAGUUUGCUAUUGUAAACUAUCAAAUGAUCUACUUUUUGUCAAUAGGUAUGGUUUUCAAUGUAAAUGCAGGGUUUUCAGGGCUGGUUAAUGAGAGUGCUGACAAUAGUGAAGGCAAAAACUAUGCUUUGUUUAUUGGGGAUACUGUUGUAGUCAAUGAGGUAAGAUUCUUCGGCAUACAGUGUACUGUCAACUUCCUUUGUAAUUAGUCAUUGUGGAUAAUUAAGUUUUUAAUUUAUAUUUUUUUUAUUGAAGAACUUGGUUCACUGCAUGAAUGGGGCAUAUUAUUAAUUCCCUCCAGAUCCUGAAAGUUUGUGGCACAUUUUCAGUAUUUGCUUGAAGCAGACAUUUAUCUGUUCUCAACUUUAUUUCUUCCCAGGAUGCUCCUGCUUCUCUGCUUACUGCGGCUAAAAAGAAAAUUGCAAACAUUGGUAUCUUUCUCAAGGUUUGUUUGUCUUUUGUUUGCUUUGCAAUAGUAUUAAUAUUAUCCUCAUGGAUGUACAGCCCUCUCGCAAGCUAUUUAAAACACAAUAAGUACAAAAUAAAGAAGACUUGGCAAUUUGUUUUGUUUGUUUGUUUGUUAUUGCAUGAAGGUAGGGCUGAUAUUAUCUUCAUUAAUUUUUCUCGAUUUUGCAUAGGAUGAAGACGAUGAAGGGGAAAACCAGCAAGAGAAUGGCGAGGUAUGGUGUCUAAAAAUAACUACAUGCUUUGGGCACUUUGUAAACUUGGUUCAUUACUGUAGCAUUUACUGGUCGGCACUGCUAGAGGAAAGUAUGUGGAGAAGCUAGUGACAUAGAGGUCAGGGUCAGGUUUUUUUCUUUUUUCAGGCUGAGGAAGAUUAUCUUUUGGGUCGAGAAGGAAAAGGCGCCUUGCUUGAAAGUAGAACAAGAGUAAGUGAUUUAUAAAUGUUGCAAAAAGAAGGAAAUAGGGUUUAAUAGAUUGCUCGUUAACAGGUUUUCUUCCUCACUCUUUAGAUAGGCUGUAAUAUAACUGUAUCAGGCAUUUUCUCCAAACUGUUCUCUAUGCAUUUCUUGUAAUACUACUGAGGAGAUUUUUUUCAUAAUCAAGACAUCAGUUACAUACAGUACCACUGUUUAUUGUCACCUUUAACAUAAUCUUUGAUGUAAUCUUUGCACCUGAUUAUUUUAAUAACCUGUGAUAUUAUGAGGAGGGAUUACUUUCUCUUCACUUUUAGGGAGUACUUAACGCAGGUUUGACCAUGCAGUUUGCUUUCUUUAAAAAUUUAAUUUCAUGAAUUUUUUCUGCAGUAUUCUGAGCUGAAAACAUCUGGAUCGUCCGUAAGCCAUUUACAAUGAAUUUUUUAAAAUAAGAUCUAUAAUUGUUAAAAAAAAAAUUUUUGAAGUUGUUCUUCUUAGGUAAAAUCAAGUUAAAAUUCAGACCAGACAUGCCAGACGUUGACAUACAUAAAACACAGCACUGUUAUAUUUAAGAAAAGAAAAGAUUUGUAACAAUAAAUUAAAUCUUUGCACCUGUUAAUUAAAGCAUACAUUGGUAACCUUCACAGUAGAGUAAAAUAAAUGAAGUCAACUGUAGCUAAAUGUUGUUAUGCAUUCAAUUUUACUUUCUGAUUAAGCACAUUCUAAUCUAAUAAAUAUUGAAAUAAAUCAUUUCCACAAUAUACGAAGUUAAACUCUGCAUAAAAUUUAAACCUUUCACUCUCAGUAGUGCUAACACAAAAACAUCAUGUAUUAAUAUACAAUUUUUGAUUUGCAAAAUACCAAGGAACAAAUCGUGCCAUGUAGUAAAAUCACCUUAAAGGUAUAAUGGUUGCAUUGAGAGAUUCUGUUGUCAGAGCUCAACAUGACAUAUAAUGUACCUCCAUAAUACACGCUGGGAGUGAAAGGUUGAAUGUAAACUCUUAAGAAAUAAAAUAUGAAAUAAAGUUAACAAUGCAAGUCAAACCUGUGAUAGAUUCAAUGUUAUGAUUAUUCUUCUUGUCGAUAUAUUGCUUUUGAAGUGAUCAUACUAUUUAUCUAAAACAGACAGAAAUGACUGCAGAGGAAAGAAGAAAGAAGCAUCAAUUGGAAUUAAAAGAGCAGCUACAUGAAGAAGCAAAGGUUUGUGUGAUAGUUUACUUUACUGACAGACAACAAGUGCGGAUGUAGGAUAAAUGCUGAUCGAUUUCCUAAUCGAGCACCAAAGGUGUAAGUUUCCAGAGGGGGUCCGGGGGCAUGCUCCCGGGGAGUUUUUAUUUUGGAUUUUAACUCCCUAAAGUCCCGUUACCUGGGUUUCUGAGUCAUUUGGACAGGAUAUUGGCCUGUUCCAUUCUUGGGAUGAAGCCUUACAAAUUAGCGAUUAUUAUUAUUAUUAUUUCUCAUGCUGGAAAAUUCUGGAAAUUGGAAAAAAAUUUCCAAAGCAUUUUCCAGAAAACAUAUACUUUUUAUAACAAAUCUGUCUGAUUUCCGUAAAACAGCGGAAACCAGUGUGGAUCCGCACUUGGGUGAAGCGACACCAGGAUUAUUUCUGGAAUUGUUUCACAAUGAAAAGGAAAAUAAUGUUGUGGGCCAUUUAAUCAAGGUCAUUACUAGUACAUGCCCCCAAGGAAAUACUAAUAGUGUAUUCGAGUUGGUUAUAAUUGACAACUGGAUUCAGGAACCUGAAUGAAGAAAUUUAUUUAGCUAGAAUUAGAUCCAAUAAAAUGAGAGAGUUCUUUAGACAGAGUCUACUACAACACUGAACUUCUUUGGCUAUGUUUAAAGAACUCUAAUUUUAUUUACAUUCAGUAAAGGCCAGCUCAUCUCUGUUUUCUAUUUUAUUUGUUUAAAUAGAGGCGUCUUCUGGAGUCAAAAGGUGAUACCAACACACUUGCUAAGUGAGUUUGACUGCAUGCUUUGCAUUCGUUUAUUGACACCUUCAGUCAUCACCAUCAUCAUUAUCACAUCAUUAUCAUCAUUGUUAUAGUCGUCAUCAUUAUUUCAACCACACUGUCAUUAUCUUCAUUGUCGUCCUACUCAUCAUCAUCAUCAUCAUCAUCAUCUUCAUGAUCAUGAUCAUCAUCCCUAACCACGCUGUUAUCAUUACCACUACUUUUAAAAUCUUAAUCAUAAGUGUCUUUUUUGUGACAAUCAUACGAUCAACGUUGUAGAUAAACGGUUUAUUUUCAUUGCCAGUUAACAUCUAUGAUCAAGUUUGUUCUUUAUGUUUGUUUGUUUAUUUUAUAACUCUCAUGUGUCCUUGAAAAAUCUACUUACAAAGAAGAACUACAUGGACAUUGUACUGUUGCUUUCUUUAAGGGUGGUUUUCUUGUUGUUGUUGUUUAUUGUAAUUUAUAUCGUAUCUUGUUUUCAGAGUAAAGCCAUCGAAUGUUGCUUACAAACACGCCUCAUUGGUCCCCAGAGAAAAUGAAGUCAGAGAUCACAAAAUAUUUGUGGGUAAGCAAUUAUUGGUGUCCACCACACAUGCUUGUGACACUCGAUAUUUUUCCAUUACAUGUCAUUGGUUUGUUCUCUAUUUUUUCUUUCAACCAGAUAAAAAGUAUGAGGCUGUAAUUUUGCCCUUUUUUGGAGUCGCUGCACCGUUUCAUAUAUCUACCAUCAAGGUGAGAGUCCCAUGUGAACAUAAACCUAAGGUAUCUGGUCACCUCGCCACCAAUUGCAAACCGUCUCGCCACCAACAAUAAGACUUAGCUUUACCCAGUAUUUGGAGUAUUUUAAAAGAGCAUAAGAAGUUCAACGCAAAGAAAGUCAGUUAGGAUCGACAGAUUUGUAUCUGAAUCGACUGCAAAUUAGCAUAAGCGUUAUGAAAAAGUAAAUCUUAGGUAAGUAAUCCUAGGCAUUAAACUAUGUCAAUUAUUUGCGAGUCAUUCGUUGGUGGCCAGUCGACUUCUCUGGUUGCGAGAUGACCAUAAACGAGAUGACCAUAAACCAAACCGUAAACUGCAGCUUGUAGCCCCCCCCCCUCCCCUAGUUAAAGCCCCAUUUACGUGAAAGCAGAAAAAUACAUCCCAUUAUAAGCCAAUUUUGAUCAUCAUUGUCAUAGCUUAUUUUGAAGCGCCUUUUCUAUUCCGGUUAUAAGCCUCUCCGAUUAUAAGCCCUUCCGUUUGUAACCCGUCCUAAACCCCCUUACAAAGAUUUAUAAGCCCAGAGCUUAUAAGCGGCAGUGUACGGUACUUGCCAACUUGUCUGAGUCUCGGACGUUAAAUUUGUAACCUCGGAGAGCAAGGAUUUUCUUAGAUGUCCGAAAUCCAAAGAUGCCGAAAAUUUCCGAAUCUGUUCUGCAAAAGACUGGUGGUACUCUCUGACAAAGAGAACGUAAGAAUCUUAAACGUCCCAGAGAGCCAGCGGAAUCUGGAAGUCAGAAAUUGCGUGUCUUUAUUUUUUGGAACUUUUAUGAAUUUUUUUCUGGAAGGUUGCGGUAGUUUAAUGUUCUCAUCCAUGCGUGAUAGACUUGAUUUAAGUAAGCACGAAUAAGGUUUGCUAGGCAUAAUUUUGCGACCAUUCACCGGCGAACUGAUUGUCGACUGCAGUCUUAAGUGAACAAGCACUUUUUGAGUUAAGAAUUGCUGCUGCAAUUUAGCCUGUGAAUGCGGCCACCUAUCAUGCUUCUCCCUCGGUGGGGACAAACGUCCAAACGACGGGGAGUGGUGAGAGGCAGCUGUAUUGACAGGCUUCUGCAGUCAGCCAAAAAAAAUGCUCUUUAUUUCCAAUGUAUUUAACACGAAAGUACCAAUUGGGGACAUUAUUUUAGCGUCACCCACUGGAGACGGGACCGCCAUUUUGCGUGGUCAUCUGAGCCAGACAAUGAAAAUUGGUCCGGCCCCAGGAAUCGAACCCGCGACCUCCCGCUCUACAAUCAAGCGCUCUACCGACUGAGCUAAUCCUACCUCGGUCAUAAGUACAGUUUACUCAGCGCAACCAUUGGCGUGAAGUGAAAUACUGUCAAUACAAACAGAGAAGGAAUGGAAUUUUAAAUAAAACGAUGUACAGGGUUGUGAAACGCUUUUUAUAUUUAUUUUAUUUGUUCUUCUGUGUUCCAGAACAUCAGCUCCAGCGAUGAAGGCGGAUAUACUUACCUUCGAAUUAACUUGUUUUGCCCGGGAAGGUAAGUGAGAAAGGGGCCAUUAUGGUAAAAAAUCUCCAGCAAGACCUUUAAGCGUCAAAACUGUAAACCUGCAUGCAUCUCCCAUCCACUCUAAGUAACUGCAGUAGUUGUUUUCUUCAAAGCCAAUUUUUCAGUGGUGUUUCAUGAAACCAAAGGCAAAGAACAUAGUCUGGCCAAUCACUACAAAUGUCCGCGCAUUCCCCUGAACCAAUCAGAACUCGAAGUAACGUUGUUAGUCUGUGUCAAGCGUCUGGGAACGUUGCCCUCAGCAAGUCAUGGAUUCACGACUGGUCCUGGUUUUUCCCUUGAUCUGUCAAGCAAGUUGCGCAAAGUGUACAAUGGAAAAAAAGAAACAAGGCAUUCGUGAGAUUCUUUUCGUUCCUCAAUUAAAAAACGUUUGUUUGUGGUUUGUUUAGCUCUGUAGGUCGAUCAGAAGGAAGCCUUUUUGCGCAGCCUGAAGCUACAUUUGUGAAGGAAGUGUAAGUGUUUUGUGUUGAAAUUAUCUGCUCAUUUGAAAGCAUUUUCGUCGUCACCUGGUUGAAUAAGCAGAGACCAAAUUUUUGUGCAGGAAAACAAAAAAAUAAAUAAAUAAACGUGCUUCCUGUGUGAAAGCCGGCGGGGAAAUGUUCACCCAAUAUUAAGUGCAUAGCUACAUGUACAUGAAGUGUUAGGAAAGCUUUCUUCCAUGGGAGACAAGUCUCAUUUGUUGAGGAAUUUCGACAAAGUUGUUUGAAAAACAUGACAGAAUUGUGUUGUUAUUAGAAUUAUUAGUAUUAAUUUAUUUGUAUUAGAUGAUUGUUCAUUUUUAAUCUGACGCUCUUUUCUUUGUUUUAAUUGAUUAUAUCUGUUACAGUACAUAUCGAAGUUCAAACUCCAAAUCGGCGGGAUCGUUACAUCCUCCAGCUCUUAACCUUACCACGGCAUUUCGUCUGAUAAAGGAAGUACAAAAGAAAUUCAAAACAAGAGAGGCUGAGGAAAAAGAAAGGCAGGUCAGUGAGUGAUGUGUAGGCCCGGCGCUAUCUUGGCGGUAUGUAAAACUAACACCGAAGCCAGCGGCACACAUUUGAACGCACGUUAAUCAGCAAAUGUUCAGCUCUUGAACAUUGCGUAUAUCGUGCUACGUUGAAUGAUGAAGUAGGCCAUUCAACAAGUAUUGAACUUUGUUGACUGUUGUUAACCGACAUAAGAAGUGGGCUGUUUUCUGUUCAACAUGUUGCAACUUGUUGAGCAACAAGAUCGCUGGCCAUAUUUUGUCAAUGAACAAUAAUUGAUGAACGAUGUCGAAAGUUAAGUCAUAACACUAGACCAAGAGACAUUAUUUUGCGUUAUCAGAAGACUUUUUUUAAUGGUGGAAGUUGUAUAGACUUUGUUGCCAAUAAGUUUAAUGCAUGUACAUGUACAGCCCUCCAACUUAAUUUCCAACGUACAAGAGGAGGUGUUGCCACGUUGUCAGUUUUCUUUGUUAUAUCACCUAAACUAACUCUAAUAAUGUUUUUUUUUUCCUGACAUACCAACCUACAUUUAACCUUUUCAUUUCAACUGUCACGAGUUGGAAAAGAUGCACACUUCUACUUUGUCAGUUAAAAGGCGAAUGACCGAUUUUUUCUACCCUUCAAAUCGCAUAUUCAUGUUGGGUAGCUGAUUGGUUGAUCGUGUUUUUAUUUUGUAUUUUAGGGGGUGGUUCAGCAAGGCAACCUCAUUUUAAAUCCUAACAAAGGAAAUCCCAAGUUGAAAGAUUUGUACAUUAGACCCAGCAUCACCCAGAGACGAUAUCCGGUGAGUUUGUAUUUAUUUUCGUUAGUUGUCUUUCCUUCAAAAUACUAAUAAAAUUGAUAGCAGAGUUAAAAUGGGAGAUGAAACUGUUGCUUGACUUUGAAAUCUUGCACCCGUCCGUCUGCCUGCUUUGCAAGCGCCCAAAAAAUAAUCAGCGGCUUUGUUUUGCAAGUGUGUUAAUCGUUUAGAUUAGUUUAUCUGACACAAAAUAUCUGGUCCAAAGAUAUGGUUUCUAAGAUCUGAACGCCUUUUGUUCAUUCUAGGGCACUCUGGAAGCUCACACUAACGGUAAGGAAGUGUCUUUAUAUAUUUAGGUUUAUUAUUUAGAUUUAGCUCAGGACAAAGCUUUCAAUCACGCGUUGUUGUUGUUAUUAAAAGGACUAUCCUGUGCUUGUGUUAGUGAAAUCAUCAUCUCAGCUAUAAUUUUGCAAGUUGUAUUUCUUAUGUCAGUCCUUAUCCCAUUUUUCAUUUUACCAGAGUGAAAGCCUGUGAUUCGGUUUCGUUUUAUCUUCUCGUCGCAUUGGUCUUUAAUUUGCAGUCAUGCAAUGACAUCUAUUUUUGUUGUUUUGUAUGUUAUGUUACACGCUCACUUUGGUCUCCCUGUAGGUUUUAGGUUUGGUAUGUAUCGUGGGGAGCAUGUGGACAUUUUGUACGGAAAUGUAAAGCACGCUUUCUUUCAGGUAAUUUUACUAACCUCCUCUCUUUGUCUAUUUAUUGAUUUAUUGAUAAUAUUAGUUGGUUUUUUGAAACAAAAGUCAAGAAUUCGCGGGUCAAACGUCAAUCUUCACAUGAACCGAACCUACUGCUCAGCUUAUGAUUGAGAACAAUAGAUUUUGCCCAUUAUCGUUAUCGUUAUUUUGCCCAUUAUCAUUACCGUGAAGGAAUGGAUUAUGUUAGGUUAUGUUAUGUUAGUUUAAGGAUUAUGUUAGGUUGAUGCUCGACGUUUGAACUGGACCUAACUGUAAAGGCAUUUUAGUAACCUUUUUGUUUUCUUUUUCUUUUUUGCCAUCCAGCCCUGUGAUGGAGAAAUGAUUAUUUUGCUUCACUUCCACCUAAAGGUUUGUCAGAGUUUCUGGAUUUAUAUUUUACUUUUUACCCUAAAAACCGAGGUAUGCAUUCCCCUGUCGGAGAAUACCCCGUCGGAGAACAAUUUUACACGUCUUUGACCUUAGUCUGCCCUUUUACCCAAGCUUCGAUUAGUUAAGUUAUUCUUUACAUAAAGUUUAAAAUACGUGUACGAUUGGAUAGUGUGAGAAAACAGCCGACUUUUUGCGACGCCACAAUCCCACUAUUUCCCCGCGAAAUGACGUCUGAGAGACACGCGCAGAAAUUCCAUACUGAUGACGCGUCACUACCCAGAUCUGGGCAGUGACACGUCAUCAGUAUGGAAUUUCUACCCUCGUUUCUCAGACGUCAUUUCGCGGGGAAACCAGAGGUGGCGUCGCGAAACGUCGGCUGUUUUCUGAGGCUAUCAGUUGCAUGGUUUGUCCUAUUUCAUUCCAGAUAGGGUCUAAAACUAUAUCAUAAUUGCCCUUAAUUCCAGCUACAACUGUAUCCACACUGGCUAAUUUUAUUAAAUUGAAUUCUUUGCUUUCCUUGUUAUUUUACGUUCUUAAAGACGUUUUGUAUUUUACUGUCAAACAUUUUUACUUUGUUUUGUUUAUCGUCAGCAUCCUAUUAUCAUUGGGAAAAAGAAAUACAGAGAUAUACAGUUUUAUACAGAAGUGAGUGCUGUUAAUUACAUUGAGGAUAACUGCUGUUGAUUUUGAAAUUUCUUCCUACUCAUGAACUGUGUAUUUGCCCUUAUAUUAUGUUAUUUCUUUCGUAGGUUGGCGAAAUCACAACAGAUUUAGGAAAACAUCAACACAUGCACGACAGAGACGAUCUUCAGGCUGAACAGGUCUGUUAUCAUUACUAAUAUAGCGCCGCUUAGUUAGCUUAGUUAAGAGAGUGCGGGUCUACUGAUCGGAAGGUCGCGGGUUCAAACCUGAGCCGGACCAACACUCAAGGUCUUUAAGUAACUGAGAAGGAAGUGCUGCAUAUGUAGUGACAUAUGCAUACGGUUAGACUUUCUAGUCUUCUCGGAUAAGGACGAUAAACCGCAGCCCUUUCACUGUUCUGAUUCUUGUGGGACGUUAAAGAACCCACACCACUGUUCGAAAAGAGUAGGGGACGCAGACCUCGGCGAUGUGCCAACCUUUACCUUUGGAUUAUCUGUUAGGAGCGAUCUUAAUAAUACAGGGACAACAUCACGAUCCUCCUUCAGGUGUCAUAAUGGCUACCUGUAAACAGUGUAUGUAUAUGUUGUAGUUAAAUUUUUAAUCCAGGUAAUUUUUGUUUUUCUUUUGUUUUUUGGUAUGGUAAUGUAUGCUAAUGAGGUUGAAACAAAGGAAAAAUAAAAAUUACCUAGGGUAAAAAAUUAACUACAACAUAUACGUUAGAAAAAUUGACAUAAAAAACAGUGGACUAGAGUUUCUGUAUGUUGUUUUUCUCAUUUAGGCUGAGCGAGAGUUGCGACAAAGGUUAAAGGCUGUGUUCAAGAGUUUCAUUGACAAAGUCGAAGGAAUUACUCACGGACAAGUCGAGUUUGAUGUUCCGUUUAGAGACCUUGGGUUAGUAUAGCCUGAGAAAACAGCCGACAUUUCGCGACGCCACCUCUGGCUUCCCCGCGAAAUGACGUUUGAGAAACGAGUGUUGAAAUUCCAUACUGAUGACACGUCACAACCCAGAUCUGGGUAGUGCUUCUGAUUGGUCGUGCCGCCUGAAGCACUACCCAGAUCUGAGUAGUAAUGUGUCAUCAGUAUGGAAUUUCUACGCUCGUUUCACAGACGUCAUUUCGCGGGGAAUCAAGUGGUCGCUUCACGAAAUGUCAGUUAUUUUCUCAGGCAAGGGUUACUAGAACCGACGAUGUUGACGUUGUAAAAGAGAAGUCCGUCAGUCAGCUGCAGUUAACGUUUACGAUUUGUUGUUAAGCAAGCGCAUUUUUCAGUGGGCAAACACGGCAGGGUGGGGGUGGGCAGAGAGAGCUGAAAAUGUUGCGGAGAAGUUCUCGACAAGAGGUCGUCGGUUUCAGGAAUUUUUAGUGCAUUUUUUUCAGAUGUUCGAAAGACAACAUCUUUGUACACCAUGUCUAACUUUAUUGAUGUUUAUUUGGCUAGGUUCAUGGGAGUACCCUCUCGAAGCACAGUUUUGCUACAACCGACAACACACUGUUUAGUGAACAUUACUGAGCAGGUACGAAAUUAGCCGGCUCCCACUCAGACACUCUUUUGGCUCGUCACGCAAUCCUCCCCAACGAAAGUGGGGGAAGAAUGCGUGACAAAGUCCUAUGAACGUCUCCGAGGGAGGCAAGUGCGACAUAAACCUUUUUGUUUAAGCUGCAUCAGUGUUGUAAUGGUCACAGGGCUGAAAAUUUGUCUUUUAACAAGAAAAAUAUCCGGGUAACCAUUAUUUUAGCCUUACGUACCAGAAAAGUUGUCGGGCAUAGAUUAUGUUGACUUUCGAUUUUCUUUUAAAAAAUGCUAUGUAAAUCUUCAGCUUUAAAAUUAUGGUGUUUUGUAUUUGAUCAGCCUGGAAAUCAUGUUCGAUCACAGGCAGGAAUGAGUCGGUCACUAACAGCGCUUAAAACUGACCAUAUUUAUGUAUCUCAACAGUUUGAACCUCGUUGGACUAAGUAAAUUGCUUAAAAUAGACCUACCGAGCUUACAUUAUGCGAACAUAUAAAUUAAACAUAGCUGGUUUUCUCCCCGAUGGUUGAGUAAAAAUGUCACGCCUUUUCAUUUCAGAGUGUUUUAUACUAGUCCUUUUUCUCUUAACAGCCAACAUUCAUCAUUACUUUGGACGAAGUAGAACUUGUUCACUUCGAGCGUGUUCAGGUAUGGCUCUUACUAAAAUAUAGCGCAAUAUUUUCAGUCAUGGCGCACCCGCGAACUGGUGCCGCGAAAAUACCGAAAAAGAUUAUAAUUUCAAAUCAUUGUGAAAAGAAAUUUGUCGGGUAACGCAUUACUGCUCAUUAUCACUGCAAGCCAAUCGGACGUAAGACCAUCACACUUGUAACUAUCACACUUCUUUAAGUUACCCAUAGCCUGCGAGCAAACUCUCCGGGACGCUCUCGCGGCUUCCUUUUUCGCCCAAAAGCGCCACGAAAAGCUUGGUGGCAGGCUAGGUUACCUGCUCCGAGCGUUGAUUCUCCUGUUGAGUUUGGCGGAAAUGAAUGUGUCCGUUUCUAUUUCUUUGUUAAUUUUAGAUACAAAGCAUCGCGUAUGGUGCUAACUUAGAGUCCAAAAUAUUGAAUUAAAAAACUUGCGCCAUUUUCAAUCAAAAACAGCCUUUUCCGCAUGGAAAGCGGCAGACCUUAAGCGCCAAAAAGGGCGCAGCUAUUGAGGAUAUAGCUAAAUAGAUUAGUUUUUAAACGCGACCUUUUAUGAUGCUCAAAUCUUUUUAUACUUCAAUCCUUGUUCUAUUGUAUUCAUCUUAACUUUUUAAUCCUUUUUCCUAUGACAUUGGAUAUGUAUGUUUAUCUGAUGAACAAUAAAGACACAUUAUUAUUAUUAUUGCUAACUGGGUACCCAUGUUACUGAAGGAUUAAGAAAAAAACACUGACUGUCUAUGACUGAAUCCUGCUGCUUUCCUGUGCUUUUUAGUUCCAUCUGAAGAACUUUGACAUGGUGUUUGUAUUCAAAGACUACAAACGAAAAGUUGAGCAUGUGAAUGCCAUACCUAUGACGUCACUGGAUUCUGUCAAGGACUGGUUAAAGUAAGUCUGUUGCUUCGCGUACGAACACGUUGCAAUACAGUAAUUUUUAAAGUUAUUUUGCUAAAGAUGUUCAGAUAGCUUGAGAAAACAGCCGAUACCAUACCCGCGAAAUGGCUUCUGAGAAACGAGCGCAGAAAUUCAUACUGAAGACGCUUUAGUAACCCAAUCUGAGCAGUGCUUCUGAUUGGUUGAAAAUUUGCUUCAUCCAAUCAGAAGCACUACCCAGAUCUGGGUAGUGACACGUCAUCAGUAUGGAAUUUCUGCGCGUGUUUCUCAGACGUCAUUUCGCGGGGGAAACCAGCGGUAGCGUCGCGAAAUGUCGGCUGUUUUCUCUCAGACUAUACUUUCAAAGGAUAACUUAAAAACUGUUGCUAUAACCCGCAGUCCCUUUUGUUGAGGAGCGAGGACAUCCCGAUUUCGGUUCCCAAGGAUGACCUCAUAUCCUUGUUUCGACUUCUUUCCUUUCCGUGUUGCUUUACGUAGGUUGAAAUACCCGGAAAACGGAGAGACGGGGGUAUGAGAGCCACCUUCGGCCCCUGGUUUGUUAGUUAAAGGAUGAGUAUUUCGAGCUAACGAAGUAAAAUAACUGUUUUUACCUGCUUUUUUACCUUUUCGCAGCUCAUGUGACAUUAAAUACACAGAAGGUAUUCAGAGUUUAAACUGGGCCAAGAUCAUGAAAACGAUCAACGAUGACCCUGAGGCUUUUAUUGACAAUGGCGGAUGGAGUUUCCUUGAUCCUGAAAGUAGUGUGAGUUAACUAUACUACCAAGGCCGCUUGCCGUGAAAAAGUUCUAAUCUGCCCAAGCCCCCCCCCGCCUCCGCCACCACGACCACGACCCUUCCCCCACCAAACAAGAACAUAAGCCUAUUUCCAGAUGAAACACAAAAAUUUGUAGCAAAUCAACCACGUUCGUUCAACCCACAAUCCCUUGUUUCGGCGUUCUUACGAAGAUUUUGAAGCUCGAAACGUCACCUUUUCAAUCUUUUAAGGCUUCAUUGCUACAGCUUUUGCUGUUUCUGUUGUUGGUGGUGGUAGUGGUGGUGGUGUUGGUGUUACUGUGUUGGGACCAUCACCCAUCCACCUCUCCCACCCCUAUACAUUAGGGAGCUUUAGCUACGACUACUUAAGAUCCUUUUAAACUUUGUCGAGACUAUUGCGACUCGUUUAAAAUGUCAUGAUCAAAUGUAAAUGAAUUGUCCCAGAAUUGAAUUCUUGGGGUCCUACACCAUGUUUGAGAGGAGAAACGAAAAUUCUUCAGCUUGUGUUUACGUCCUCCGUAAAACGUCGCAUGAGGGAGUUGCACGUCGUAGGCGUGCUGUGACGUCAGAAAUGUACAAAGAAGACUGAUGCGCGCGCAGAGUUGUUGUUUUGCUUAUUUUGAUGUUUUCGUCGCCGUUGUCGCUGUUAAAGUUCCGUUCACUUCAAUGUUAUUUCAGGGAAGUGAGAAGGAUGACAGUGAAGGGGAUCCAGAGAGUGAUUAUGCUCCUUCAGAAGACGACGAUGAAGACGAAUCUUCUCAAAGCGAGUACUCUUCAGAGACAGAGACAAGCGAAUCAGGGUCUGGUAAGGACGUGGCUUGGCUCAGUAUUGACAUUUUUAUCUAUUGUUGCUUUAGUAACAACGUAUAUAAUCCUAGGCACAAAGAAAACGACAACCACACAUAUAUAUACAGUAUAACAAAAUCAGCUUUAUUGUUUGCCGGAACCAGCAAAGUCGCAUCAAGGGGGAGGCAAGACCGAGGCCGUUCCCCCACUGACGCGGCGCGCGUCAGUGAUGUAGCCGGUAACAGUGAUGUAGCCGAUAACAAAACUAGCGCACACGAUUAGGGGCAGAGUUAAUGGACAACUAACGGAUGCCACGUAUAUUACCAUUGGACGGUAUCCAAUACCUCACAUUUUCCUUCUUUGUAGACUUUGAUGAAGAGAUGGGCAGCGAGGAGGAGAGCGGGAAGGACUGGUCAGAGUUAGAGGAGGAAGCUGCGAAAGGUAGACUGGAAACACUUCGAUUUGUAAUGGUAACAGGAGUGAAUGGAGUCCAAUUCGGUCUGUAAUCGUACCAGUGAUCAACAAAAUCGGACGACCGCAUGGCUGGAGUCUAAUUUGUUUAUUCACGAGUAUGACAUUACAAACCGAAUUGGACGACACAAAGUUCUCUUACCAAGUAAUCAUAACUAUAACAAAAUUUGUGAGGGGACAGAAGUAAAGCCCAUCUCUCUCUAUGUUGCUCUACAGGGGCAAGUAAAACAUUCACACAUCACAUUAGGACAUGUGAUUAUGUGUACGUACAUGAAGAAUCACACAAUGUAGUAUGGUUGAGAUAACAAAAUUAACUUUUCUAAUUUUGUUAAAACUCGUACAUUGAAAAUCUGGAGUAAUCAUGCAGAGUAAAUCACUGCUGAGUCCAACCUACAGGUAGCUGUUAAGAGUCCUGGUAAAACCUUUGAAAUGGCAUGCUGUCUCUGAUGUACUAUGUUAGGUUUUCAGCAAGGGUUUUUUUUUGUUGUUUCAAGGUUUUAAAAUUAAAACACAAGAUUUUCCGAGAGUUUUUUGCUCGCAGUGGAAAACAAAAAACAUUCAAGUGCGCACGCUGUGGCGUGUACUCUCCCGUUACACUGUCCUAUUAGUGCUGAAAUCAGGACAGCUGAUAGCCAAUCAAAUUUGAGAAUUUUGUUAUAGUUAUGAUUGACACUUUUAAAGAUGUUUUUCUCUAUUAAGAUUGCCAUUUAGAUUUAGAACACUGAGUGAUAAAGCCAUCACAACAGGGCUGAACUCCUACUUGACCCAUUAAGUCCCAACAGUGACCAACAUCAGUUUCCUCCUUACAAUGUCGAUACAUGAUCGAUAUGUUAGGUUAUUGGAAUUAAGAAAAUCAUCAUUUAAGGGGAAAUGCUCUGAUCUUCUCUCAACUAUAUUUUCAUGAAAAUCUAUGGAGUCCAGUUUGGAGAAUUUGUAUGUGGUCAUUAGCCAGAGAAUGCUUCAUCCCAAGUAGUGCAUAAACCUCCUCCAAAAGAUAAGUGAAAGUGCUUUGAGGCGGAGCCUACAGUUUUUCUUCCUUAUCCGAGAAGACUAGAUGGUCUAGCAAGUUUUAGAUGUAAAAAGGGCGGCAACUCUCCUCAGUUAUUUUAAGUGUCUGAGUGUUGAUUCGGUUGGGGACCGACCCAACCAAUUGAUCAUUCUCACGUACCAAAAUGUGUUUUUCUUUCACCAGCCGACCGCGAAAAAGGACAAGAAGAAACGCCGACCAAAAAAAGGAAAAAGCCGAGUAGCAAACACGAUACUCCACGCAGCAAAAAACGGAAACGUUGAUCAAUGCCAAAGUAACUCAGCGAUUCCAACCAAUUCUUGCCUGGAGCAGUGUGAAGCAACUUGCCAGGAAAUGAUGUUUUGGCGGUCUUAAGGAUGCCGUGUGCGUAGAACUGUUUUAGAAGAUAAAGAGCGUUUUAUGGCCUACAGUAGGUCGACCCACACUGUUGGGCGCGUCAACUCUGUGCACUCUAAUAUUCCAUUCACACAAACAAUUGGGGGUAUUUCGUUCCACUCUGUUUUGUAUCGGCUAUUUUAUCUCAAUUUCUCUACGGGUGUUGCAAGACAUUUAGAAUAUUUUCUCUCUCCAGGAUUUGUUUCUGUAGUGAAAGUGUGAAUGAGAUGAAUAGUGACAGCCUGAGUUUGUAUCACGAAGGAUUUGCGCGGGUGAAAAGAGGUCGGCAGGCCGUAGGAAAAGGGAAAAUUGGGGAACAAAUCGACCUUUCCUUCUUUAGUCUUCCUCUUGUCACCUGUCUAAACGUUAGGUGUUUUGCAAAUUCAAUGUAAUUGAUGUAGUGGGUCACACAAACAACGCUCGCUCGAUUGCCAAAAACAGUGCCUUAACGGCAGGCUAACUUGAUAUCAAACUUUUUUCUGUAAAAUGUGCCGUUUUAACUUCCAACUACAAGAUACCCAAAGGUGAGAUCAUGAAACAACUUAAAAAUCCUUUAAAAUGUUAAAAAAUAUGACAAAGACGACACUUCGGACAGAUUAGGAAAAACUUGUACAGUUUAUAAACAUUGCCAGAAUAAAACAUUGUUCAAUAACUUUUAUUUCA